AAAACAUUCAAUCUUAUAUAUACACAAUGAGAAAAUUAAAAUUUUAACUUUUAAAAUUUAUAAACAUUUUGUUCAUACAGCAAGUUGCACAUUGGGGACCUGAACUCAUGGAAAUGGAAAAUCAAGCUAAGCAGAAUGCAGAAAUCAUGUUCUUUGUAAUUGAUAAUCAAACAAGGUCUGUUGCAUCCAUGAUUGAGGCAGCCCAUAUUGCAGGAACAGAUCGAAAAUUAAUAUUAGUAAUUCACGAAUUUGAAGGAAAUGAAAUAAAAGUAAUGGGAGAACGUCUCACUGAAAAAGAAUUAAAAGAUCUGAAACAAGGUCAAAGAUUUCUUCAAGAUCUUGUAGAAAGAAAAGGAAUCCCGGUAUUCCGAAACAUUCCAAAUGCACUGACAUGCGCAGCUCGUCUUAUUCGAGAAAAAAUCUAUCCCCAAGAUCUUAACGUUAAUGAUAUAGCAAAUCCAAUUAAAAUGCCUUAUGUUCAUCUAGGAGACAAAUUAAUGAAACUAAGAGAAGUAUUUGAUGAUUUGGAUUCUGCAAAUUUGGGGGAAAUUAGUCUCGAAGAUGUAUGUAUGGCAUAUAAAAUAUUAACAUGCCAGGAAUUAACAAUGAGUACCUUAAAAUCUAAAGUAGCCCAUCAAAAUAAUUCACUUAUAAAUCAUUUUGAAAUGGAUAAAAUUAACCCUCAGGAUAUUAAAGUGAAUUUUGACCAAUUCUGUUGCAUAAUGAUGGAAUUUAGAAGUCAGAUGGAUAAUGGACCGAAAAUGUUAGAGGACGUGGCAUCAAAAGCUUCAGAUAUAUUUUGUUCUCUACUUCAACCGAUGGUUAAACUUGUCGACUGGAUUCUGCCACGACAUAAUUCAGAAACAGACAAUUUUUCGGAUAAUUAUCAAUUUGCCGCUAGUUGUAGAGACAUCUACUUAGGAGGAUCAGGUUUUCCUUCAACAUGGAGAGAAAAAGUAGCAAUUCCUCUUCUUAAGAAGCAUGGUCUCACUUAUUUUUGUCCGCAAGAAGAACCGUGGAACAAGCGUUUGAUUCCACUAGAAGCUGCGGCGAUGGAAAACAGCAGAAUUUUAUUAUUUGUUAUUACCAAAGACACGAGAUCAUUAGCUCAAAUGACUAUCGCAGGCCAUUAUGUCGGAUUUGGAUGUCAGAUGGUGCUGUGCAUUCAGUAUCUGGAAGAUAAUGUCGAAAUUGAUGGUGAAAAACUCUCGAACCAGGCGGUAAAAGACUACAACCGAGGUAGGGUAUACCUGUCCGAUCUGGCAAACCGAGCCGGAAUUCCAGUGUUCGAGGAUCUUGAAGAGGCUGUGAACUGCGCUGCGCAAAAAUGUCUGUCGAGCUCUUAGUGCAAAAAAAAGAAAAAAAAAUUACAAUUAAAAAAAAAAACAACAAACGAUUACCUCAGACGGAAGGACAAACUCAGGCAGCAAGUCGAGAGGUGCGGAUUAUUAACAAAACUAUUUUCUACUUUGAUUUUUAUAUCAUUUUGUGAUCUGUAUUGACGACAUUCGCCAACAUAAAACGAAUGUUAAAGUUCGAGCGCUUUGUUGCAUUGAGUUCGGACGUUUCUACUUAAGACGACAAAAGCGUCCCAUCGUAAUUUAACGUUUAUUCGACUGUACAUUGUUUAUAUAAAUCUAAAAACGAUUCAUAACUGUACAAAGCAAGCAUCUGUGUCAUAUACAUAAGCCAUUUUUUCCCCACGAAACAUCAAGCAUUUUAGUAUGACGAGACGGCAUCGGUUUUGAUGCAAUUUUAAAUUAAGGUUUUUUUGCUUGUCUCGUGAACUUGUGCCUAAAUUAAUUUGUUAUUUUAUAACUAUCUGAAGUGUAUAAUAGUUUUAUUUCUAUCUGGGACUUUUAAAACACUUUUUGUUGUUGUUUUUGCAGACAAUCAGUCAGAAACAUAAGCAUUCCUCUUAUUGUAAUAUUUCUGAAUUCUGUGUAUUAUUAUUAAAUGAAAUGUAAUAUUUCCUGUAGUAAAAUCGUUUUAGCAUUUUU